AGUCACACUUUCUUUUCCCCAAGAAUGAGUUGACCAGUUCGUACAAUCAGGAUUUGGCACGAAGAACUCGUCCAACUAAGUUAACUAGCAUACGCGGAUGAUUAUACGUAUGACUCGAUUUAUAUGAAGAAUAUCGCUCGUACAGCACGAAAAAAAAAAGAUACUACUCUCGUCCACGCUGAAGGAGCCACCAUCACUUCACCGCCUUUGUUGCUGUGUUGGCCAUCCAACAGGAGACAUACUUGCUGACAGUUUCUUCAUUAGAUCACCAGACCUACUUCCGCAAAUAUGGUGCCCGCACCGAUAGGCAAACUUAUGGUUCUGGCGAUCGGAACAAGCAUGUGGAUCUGGCUCAAGGCUUACGUCAAUCUCCAACUUUUUUUGUACGGCGACAGUAUUCUCCAUCCACUGCACAGGUUGGAGCCACCAGACUUCAUGAACAAUUCGUAUGGACAACACCAAUACGUAAAUUUGACGAACAUUACUGUUCAUUAUGUGACAAAGGGAUGCACGGAGAAUGGCACAGCGAGGCCCAUGUUACUUUUCCUGCAUGGGUUUCUCGACUUUUGGUACUCUUGGAACAGGCAAAUACCUAGCCUUAGCGAGGAAUUUUGUGUUGUUGCACCAGACUUGCGUGGCUAUGGGAAUACUACAAGACCUGAGGACACCGCCCAGUACUUGAUGCGGAAUCUAAUCGAAGAUGUAAAAGGACUGCUUGAACACCUAAAUUCAAACCACGCAAGGAAGGUGGUUCUCGUUGGUCACGACUGGGGAGGCAUGAUCAGCUUCUGCUUUGCGACAUUGCACGAAAAAUUGAUCGACGGCAUGGUGAUCAUCAACGGCAUGCAUCCGAUGGCAUUUGCAAAACAACUCUUUACAAGUAUGAGGCAAAUAAGAAUGUCCUGGUACCAACUUCCAUUUCGACAUCCCGUUAUUCCCGAGCGGUAUUUAAUAAUGCACGAUUUGAAGUUCUUUGACAAAGUGCACAGGGGUUUCACUGCAAACGAGACAGAGGCCCACAAGUACAUGUUUUCGCAGAAUGGUUCGCUGACCGGUGCCAUAAGCUACUACCGUGCCUUCAACAAUGACAGUAAACAACUACAGAAGCUGCCGUACAAGAAGAUCAACGUUUCCACUUUGAUUCUGUGGGCAGAGGAAGAUGCAUUCAUUAUGACUCCUAUAGCCAAGUAUAACCAGGAGUGGUUACAAACAUCAGAGGUCGUGUACUACAGAGGCGCAGGCCACUGGCUACCCAGAGAAUGCUCCACGCAAGUAACUGAGCAAAUUCGUAAAUUUGCAACGAAUAUCACGAAAACCACAACAGCAACAGGAGAAGUGAAACCAGAGAGCGUGCAGGGAAUGUGUCAAGAAGCCAGCUUUCCAACCCCGCGGGGAUGGUUGUCGAUAUUGUUUCCGUGGCUUCCCCGUAAUGCCAACCUUCCCAGACCAAUGAAAGGAUGAAAAGGACCGGCUUUCAGAUGCACAUCGACAAAUGGUCCUCGCAAUAGAGAAAUAAAAGUAACGUUUUAAAACGCACGUAUAUUUAUGCAGUACUUAAGAAGAGCAGACAAACCAUGCUGCGUUCAGAGAACGUUCGAUCAAGAAAUGUCACCACUACGUGUUAUCAUUAUUAUCAUAUUCUAAUCCUCCUAAGCCUCCCAAUUACCGUAAUAUGUGUUUUGGCUGGCAAACACUGAUUCAUUUAUCGGUGUCCAACAUCCUGGCUUGUGAAUUUCUCUGCGACUGCACGUAAUAGUAUACCACCUAAUGUAAAAUAAAAUCUUCAAUUAUAUU